AUGAAACCAGCUAAACUGCAAGAUCAUCUGAGAAGAUGCCACCCUGAUAAAACAGAGAAAGAUUUGAAAUACUUUCAAACACUCAAAGAUAAAUUUCAGAAGAGACCUACACUGGACAGAAUGUUCGCUUCGACGUCACAAAGAAAUGAUGAUGGUUUGCGGGCAUCUUACAAUAUCUCGUUACUUAUAGCAAAAUCCGGAAAACCGCAUACUAUCGGAGAGAAGUUAAUUUUGCCAGCCGUUGAAGAGGUUUUAAAAACUGUUUUACACAAACCUGCAUCUGAUAUGAAAAGAAUUCCCUUAAGCAACAAUACUGUUGAAAGACGUAUUGAUGAAAUGAGUUCUGAUAUUGAAAGCUUCUUAUGUAAUUAUUUGCAAACGACCCAUUUCUCUAUACAACUGGACGAGUCAACUUUACCUGAUAAUGCAGCAUUAUUAUUGGCAUAUGUUCGUUUUAUUAUGAAUCAAGAAAUCUACGAAGAACUGCUCUUCGCAAGAACUUUGAUAACCGACACUAAAGGUGAAUCAAUAUUUCAUGUUUUGAAGGAUUACUUCAUUGAAAAAGCAAUUCCUUUAUCGAAUAUAAUAUCAGUAGCUACAGAUGGAGCACCUGCCAUGGUUGGACGUUAUCGUGGAUUUAUAAGCUAUUUAAAACAAGAUGUGUCAGGGGUGUUAGCAAUACAUUGCGUCAUCCAUCGACAACAUUUAGUUGCUAAUAACUUGAUAAACCGAAUCCGAAGUAACGCGUUGAAUACGCGGUUAUUUGCGCAGUUGUGUGAAGAAAAUGACGAACACCUUCAUCAAUUACUCCUUCACACUGAAGUACACUGGCUGUCGAAAGGCUUAGGUUUGACAAGAUUUUUUGCACUUUUUGAGACUAUUUUAGAAUUUCUGGAUACCAAAGAUAAAAUUUUAUAG